AUGUCUGCACAUAGUGCUCGGGGAGACUGGCAGCUGGUUUUGAGUUUGCUCCAGCAGGUGCGCGAUUUUGCUCAUCAGCCGGACGUCUUCUCGCACAAUCACCUGUUAAAUGCUUGCUCGAGACGUCGGCGGUGGCAGUUGGCCGUCGACAUAUUGGACGACAUGGUGUCGGCCAAGUGCUUCGACUUGAUCAGCUUCGGCACCUGCAUUGCCGCUUGUGCGAAGUCUGGGCAGUGGCAAGCAGCAAUGUGCCUUCUGCGGUGGAUGAGCGACAGGCAGUUGAGGCCGAACACCAUCAGCUGCAAUUCAGCACUAAGCGCAUGCGGUGCAAGCGGGAAUUGGCAGGUUGCCCUACAGGUGCUCGCCGGCAUGGAUGCCGCAAGCGCUUCUCCAGACCAAAUUAGCUGCAAUGCAGCUCUGAAUGCAUGCCGGGGGGCCGGCGCUUGGGUACCAGCCUUGGGUUUGCUGGAACUCAUGCCUGAGCUGCAGCUGGCCCCAGAUGAGAUUUCUUUCAACUGUGCCAUCAGCACAUGUGAGAAGUCGGCGCAGUGGUGGAUUGCAUUGGACCUGCUUUCUGUCAUGCAGUCUCAGGAGCUCCAGCUUGGCCUUAUUGCAAUUAGCUCUGCCAUGAGUGCGUGUCGGGCCGGCAACCGAUGGCAGGAUGCAACUCGCUUGUCUGAAGUCAUGUCAGCGAGCUCCGUCCAAGCAGACUUGAUCAGCAUGACGACGCUUAUCGGGGCGUGUGACAAUGGGGGCAAUUGGCCACUUGCUCUCCACAUAUUUCAUGAUUACGACCCGCCCGAAUCCGACACGGCUUUUACAAGUGCUGCCAUAAAAGCAUGUUCUACUCGAGGUAGGUGGCUCGAGUCCGUCGAGCUGUUCCACUGCAUGGCGGAAGCCCGCCGACAACCCGAUCUGCUGUGCUACACCAUGCUUGUGCAUGCAUGUGGAAAGGGCAGCCAAAUUGUCCUUGCAUCCGAUCUGCUGCGUGACAUGCCGAACCACUUCUUGAUUCCAGAUGCUGCAGUCUAUAACUCAGUGAUCAACGCUUGUGUGGGACACAGUUGGGAGCGAGCCUGCGCUUUCUUCAAUGAGAUGCAGGGCACUUGCAAGCCGAACUCGGUGACGUGCGCGAGCGUGCUUGCCGCCGUGCAGAAGGAGGGGCAGUGGCAGAUGGCAAUCCAGAUUCUGCACAAGAUGAUGAAGCUCAGAAUCGCAGCCGAUGCGGAGUCUUACAAGGGUUUGAUUGCUUCUCUUGAUCCCUCCGAUUGGCAGCUGGCAGUGCAGAUGAUCUCACAGGCUUCAGAAGCUCAAUCGCUGGAUCUUGAUGUAGCUGAUGCCGCACUUCAGGUGUUCUGCCGAAGCGGCAUGUGGCCUGCAGCCCUUAGCUUGAUCAACGCUUUAAAGGCAGGCUCUUCGGAAGCAGAUGGAAAGAUGGCCAAGCAUGUGAGUGCUGCUCUUGAGAGAGUGAGCUGGCAAGCAGCCCUCGCAUGGCUGCAACACCUGGGGGCGACGACCCUGCGACCUCACGUGGCAGAGUACACUUCGGCCAUUGCCGCCUGCAAGCCCAGCGGCUCCUGGGAAGUUGCGUUGAGCCUCUUGCUGGAGAUGAUGUGCUGCAAGAUUAGUCCAAAGGUCACGGCGUUUAAUGAAGUCAUCCAUGCCGCUGACAAGGCUGGAGAGUGGAGGCUGGCAAUCAGCUUGCUCUCUGUGACUAUGCCCGAGAUGAGCGUUUCCCCCAACACCGCCAGCUACAACUCAGCCAUCAGCGCCUGCGAGGUAGCAAAGGAAUGGCAGCAGGCAUUUGCAACCCUGGUGUCAAUGAAGAUCCAAGCAUUGACGCCUGAUGAGAUAUCGUUUAAUUCUGCCAUCAGUGCAGCUGAGAAAGCCGGCCAAUGGGAGCAUGCAAUACAACUCUUGCUGAAGAUGUCGGCGGAAGCCACUGCUCCUAGUACGAUAUCCUACAAUGCUGCAAUCAGCGCGUGUGCCAAACCUGGGGAAUGGGAGGCCGCUCUUGCCCUUGCAGCUGUGAUGGACGAGACGGGGGUGACCUGCGAUGAGAUCACUUUCAACUGUUUGUCAAAUGCAUGUGAAAAAGCUGGUUGUUGGCAGCUGGCUUUGGAUUUGUUGCAGAAGCAGAGCCCCACUAAGGUCGGGUCACUUGUACAGCAGAUAUGUAGUUCAGGGGCCUUCUCGUUGGAUUCAGCGUUGACACCGGCAGAGGCCUCACAGGUUGUCUGGCGCCUGGCGAAGCUUUCCAGGCUCGGAGCCUCGGUGGCUUCGCUGGCCGAGCCAGCUUCGCAAGUGGUGGCCUCGGUGGGAAUUGAAGCUUUCGAGCUUCAGGAGUUAGGCGCGGUGAUGUGGUCCCUUGCCCGCCUCGGUGUGUCGGGUGCACUCAUGCCGCGGCUGAGCAGGGCAGCUUUUCAAAAGAUGGAUGCAGGAGGAGCAAGGGGUCUGAAUAUUCGCACCAUGGCCAAUCUGGCAUGGGCAUUGUCUAUGCCCGACACCGACGUUGCUGGAACGUUGGGGCAGAUUCAAAACGAACUCGCUCGUCGCUCCGUUCGCUUGGCGCAAUCCGUCUCUCGAGCAUCAUGGACAGAGUUUGUGACUGCCGCUUUAGCCAUCCUUUAUGCGGCACAUUUUGCGGGGCAGCUUCUCCCCAACGCUGCCCAAACAGUGCGGUCGGCACUUGUGCGCCAGGGCAGUCGGCUCGACAAAGGCCUUCAGGCGCUGGGUGGCGGCCUGGGCCCUGGCCUGGGCGAGGAGGCUGGCGAGCCUUGGGCCCAAGAAUUGCCAGGCGCUCUUCUGGUGCGGAAGCCGGCCCACUGGCAAGUGGAUGAGCGGGACGCUAUUUACGAUGUCGAACAAUUCUCCGAUAAUCGUGGGCUGCUCUCCUUCUUCGUGCGGUCCCUAAGGCCUGGCCGUCAGUACCCGAUCCUUCGCGACACAACCCACCAGCGAGGGUUUUUGCAUCGCUUGGAUGUGCCGAGCUCGGGCUUGAUCUUGGUGGCGACUUCGUUUGAACGCUUCUACGAUCUCAAGUUCCAGUUGGCCACUGGACUUCUGACACGUGCCUACGUGAUCUUAUGCCACGGGUUGCUGAGCCCUUCUCGAGCUGGAGUCCGCUCGCCAAUCAACUGGUUGUCCUUCGGCCCAGACUCUAACAGAGCAAGCUUGGUUCAAGACAGCGGGCGACCGUCGCAGACCUACAUGAGAUUGCUAGCUCGAGCAUUUCGGGGUCAGAGAGCCCUGAGCCUAGUUCACGUGAAGAUCAUGACUGGGCGCAGACACCAGAUUCGGGUUCACACCUGUUUUGUUGGGCACCCGACUUUGGCGGAUGGAAAGUAUUCCUCCACGAUCACCUACAUGGAGGACCUCGUGUGGUGUCCUCGAAACUUUCUGCACCGGCACGAGCUGGUCUUCGAAGUCUCCGGCCGUACGUCGGAAGCAUUUGAGGACCUGCCACCGGACUUGGCAGAAUCGCUCUGCAAACUCGAUCUUGAGGUGGUUCCGAGCAGCAGCUUGACAACCUCCGCAGACACGAAGGGCUUGAAGUGUACAGACGUGUUGAAAACCGCAGAGGAUCUGCUUUAUCGUGGACGGGACAACAUGAAAAGUCCGGCUUGCCGGCCGCGGAUCAACCUGCGUGGCCGCGAGUCCCGUUGGACCGUCGGAGUCUUCCUCCAGGCUCCCAGGGGCCAGGUGUCCUUUCGUCUACAUCUUGGCGCCAAGACGAUGUCUUUUGCGGCAGAGUUCGACGAAGCUCCCGAGUGGGGAUCGCAGCGACUGGCGGUCCUGGACAGUGUCGACAAGACGAUGAACGUGCGCCUGGAGAUUCUGGAUAUCACCGCGCCGCUGACAAAGGUCGAUUACCCUCCCUGCUUGACAGCGUCGGUCAAGUUUGCAGAUGCGGUGCAGGCAGCAGCGCGAGAAGCUACAGCAGUUCGCUCGUUGAUGGUCAAACGAAUCGAAUGGCGAGUCGGUCGAAUCUCCGAGCGAGUAGCUGUGGCGCGAGCUGCAGCCAACGAGCUCGGCGCAGAGGAGGCCUGGGAGCCCAUCGUCUCCCCUCCCUUCGCAGCGGGUGGUUUCGAAGGGCUCCAGUUACAUCUGUAUCCGCUGGGCUACAGAGCCAAGGGUGAGGAAACCUGCGGCUUCUUCCUGCUUUGCCCGAAAGGAAUGCACGUGAAGUGCAAGGCCUUCGUGGGCGAUGCAGUGAGGAAUUGGGACCACCACUACGCAGACAGAGAGCCCUACGGCCGAGGGAAUUUCUGCCGAUUGCAGGACAAGGUCGAUGCGGAUGACAGCGUCCUCUGCGGGGUUGAGUUGCAAGAGAUCCGCAUGGAGCACACCACGCAGGUACGGGGUGGUCCAUUUGGCAGUAUCGCAGAUCAAAUGAAAGUCGUCAACCAUCCGUCGGUGGGAAGCAUGGAGCUCGUCCGCGAGCUCAAAGAUGCGGCCUAUGGCAAGGACCACGCGAAGCCCCGGGUGCGAAGCCGUAAGACGCCUCACCAAUACACGCACCUGGCACCGGCCAUGGACGAGAGGCCGGCAGAGCGACCCAUGGUGCCCCUGCCAGGAAUGGCAGCGUCAAAGUCCGUCCCACUUCUCCUGCCACACGUGGGCUCGGGGUCACCGGGCAAGGCUCACCUGGAGUCAAUGGCAGGUUUGCCGAUAUCCCCUCCGAAAUAUCCAGAGAAAUCCAGUUGGCGAUAG